AGCUCAAUAAUCUCCGUUACAGUUCGACACAUUUCAUUACACACCAACACAAAGUGGUGGACCCAAUCUACACAAUCCCCAAAACACUUUUUGGUUAACAUCGGCAGGCAUUCCCUCAGUGAGCGGUUGCGUAAUCAGGAAAUCCGGAAGUUGCGCAGAUCCGUUUGUGCGUCGACGUUCCUAAAACUGGAAGUCUUCUCUCUCUGAAUAUUCAUGAGCCAUGUGCACUCUGUGUAUUUGCAGGUUAUGGAGUGGAAAACGUCUUGUUGCCAAAAUCUACUAAGCUGAAAAGAAUGAUAACAUAAAGAAACACAGGAAUCUCUUUCAGCGAUGUACCGACCGACCUCGGUGGCCCUGGCGGUGCUGCUCUGCUCUUCGCUCUUGGUGAAUGGAGGUAAAAUCCUGGUGUUCCCCGUGGACGGGAGCCACUGGAUCAACAUGAAAGUCCUCGUGGAGGAGCUCCACGCCAGAGGCCACGAACUCACGGUGAUACGUCCAUCGGACAGCUGGUACAUCAAGCCGGAGUCCCCCCACUACACGUCCAUCACCGUCAACUCCACUGCCGGUUUUGAUGAAGAAGGCUUUGGUUUGUUUGUGGACACGAUGAUGAAAAUGCGGCGCGAUGGCGCCUCGGUUUGGACUCGCAUAUCUCUGGAGCUGGAGUUGAUGGAACAGUUCUACGAGAUGAACAAGCUGCUGAUCCAGUUGAUGGUGGAGAUGUUUGAGGACGUCGAACUGAUGCAAAGCCUCCGCGAUGCCAAAUACGACGUGUUUUUGACAGACCCUGCGAUUGGCGGAGGGGUGGUUCUGGGUCACCGGUUGGGUCUUCCACUCGUCUUUAAUGUAAGGUGGACUGUUCAGGGUGAAGGACAUCAAGCCAUCGCUCCUUCCCCAUUGUCUUACGUCCCGAUACCAGGGGCGGAGCUGACCGACAAGAUGACUUUUCCCGAGCGGAUCAAUAACGUACUUUAUUACUUCUUCACCGUUUUUCAAGUUUGGUACAUCACAGAUCCCAUCUUCAAACCGUUCGUCCAUCAUUACUUUGGAAACGACGUCCAUUACAUGGAGCUGUUUCAGUCGGCGGACAUCUGGCUGAUGAGGAACGAUUUCACCUUUGAGUACCCGCGACCCACGAUGCCGAACGUCGUCUACAUGUCCGGAUUUCAGUGCAAGCCCUCCAAGCCCCUGUCUGAGGAACUAGAGGCCUUUGUCCAGAGCUCCGGUGACCACGGCGUCAUCGUGAUGACAUUGGGAACCCUCGUGGGGAAACUUCCCGAGGACAUCACCGAGGACAUCGCCGCUGCUUUUGCCCAACUUCCUCAGAAAGUGAUCUGGAGGCACAAAGGCAAUAGACCGUCGACCCUCGGCAACAACACCUUACUCUUGGACUGGCUGCCUCAAAACGACCUCCUGGGUCACCCGAAGACCAGAGUGUUUAUGGCCCACGGAGGCACCAACGGAAUCCAGGAGGCCAUCUACCACGGGGUCCCUCUGGUGGGCCUACCGCUUAUGUUCGACCAGCCGGACAACUUCGCCAGGAUGAAAGCGAGAGGCGUGGCCAAAGUUCUAGACAUCGCGACCGUGAACAAAGACAACGUCCUGGAGGCUCUGAAGGAGGUUCUCCACGAUCCGACCUACAGGGAGAAGAUGAAGUUGCUUUCCAACCUGCAUAGAGACCAGCCCAUGAAACCCCUGGACCGGGCCAUGUUCUGGAUCGAGUUUGUCAUGAGGAACAAAGGAGCGGCACAUCUUAGGACGGAGUCCUACAAGAUGUCUACGAUCCAGUACUACUCAAUUGAUGUGGUGGCGUUCCUAUUGGCGGCCGUUUUGCUUGUUUUUACCAUUUUUGUUUAUGCGUUAAAAAUUUUGUGCCGCAGAGUGUUUAGAAGCAAAGUCAAGAAGGAAUGAAGAAUAUCUCGCUAGAUAGUCAACUGUCCAUACAUUCAUGAAAUGCUUUAUUGUUAUCAUCAGGAUGCCUUGCAUUGGUGACCUAACACGUCUUAGAGUGCAGCUUCACUCACAAACCUUCUUUUAUCAGAUGACUUCAGCCAAAGAGGUCAUGUUUACGUUGUUUGUUUGUUCGUCGGAUAGCAGAAUACCUCAAAAAUAAAUAUGUAAUGCUGUUAGGUUGGACCAUCAGUUUUUACUCAAUAUCCAGGAAUUGUUUUGGCUUGAUUUCUUGUCAGCUUUUUGAAAAAAUAAAUACAUCUCAUUAAAUUGUGCACUUAUUUUGAAUUAAAUGAAAUGAGAUUUAUUUUACAAAACUUGCACAUGCAUCUUGAGAUUGUUUUUCCCUGUGGCCAGUGAAUGAUUACAUAUUGUUCGUAAUGUUUAGUGAUUAUGAGAUGUUGUUAGGUUAAUCAUUCUACAAAUUCAUGUUUUAAAAAUGAUGAUUUCAAGCUGUAAAUAAAAAUGUACCCAAAUGA